GACUUUGUCACCAGCCGGAGUCACACGCAGUCAGAGAUAAAUAUAGGAGCGCAAUUCACACAGGCACACACAUGCUCAGACACGCAAGGACGAGAUAGAUUUGUAUCACUCUCUUCUACUCUCUCUCCACUCCGUCUCUUCAGCGAUUCCCAGUAAUGUACUUUGUGCAAUCUCAGAGGUCACAGAUCAGAGGUCAGGUCACCAUGGUAACAAUGAGCUGGAUGCUGCUGUUGUGUGUGCUGGCAGAGGGGUAUAGGUCAGAGGUCGGAGUUCAGGAGGGGUGCGGCCAUUGGAUGGGAGGUGUUCCUGGGACUCCUGGUCUGGACGGGCAGGAUGGGAGAGAUGGUAGAGAGGGACGCCAGGGAGAGACAGGAGACACUGGACUUCCAGGUGUGCGAGGUGAGAGGGGAGAGGUGGGGGAAGUUGGGGGGGACGGAUUCCAGGGACGACGGGGUUUCCCGGGGGCCCCAGGGCUGCAGGGGCAGAGGGGCGAGAGUUCCUUCCUGUAUCGCUCUGCGUUCAGCGUGGGACUAACCACACCCACUACCACGACAGACACACCCCUUCACUUCACCAAGAUCUUCUACAACGAACAGCAUCACUAUGAUGACAUCUCAGGGAAGUUCCGGUGUUUUAUCCCCGGAGUGUACUACUUCACCUUCCACCUCACUGUACAGGGUCAGGGGUGUAAGGUGGGGCUGUACCGUAACGGCCGUGUCAUGUCGCUGACUCUGGACCAGUUCCUGACCUCUGACCUGGACCAGUCCUCUGGAGGGGCAGUCCUAAACCUCUCAUCUGGAGACCAGGUGUAUGGUGCAGAACAGGAAGAAGUUGGAAUUUACGCCGACAUCAACAACGACUCCACCUUUACUGGCUUUCUGAUUCAGCCGCGCCUACCUAGCAGCCCAUUGGACAACCGCCGACGCUGACUUCCUGCUUUAGCUGUGCCUACCAGGCAGCUGAUUGGACAAUCUGCUCCACCAUACCUACUUACAGCAGCAGCUGCUUAUUUUCCAUCACAUCCCUUUUCCCCCCACCUCUCUCCUUAUCCCCCACCUCUACCUAUCCCCCACCUCUCUCCUAUCCCCCACCUCUCUCCUUAACCCCCACCUCUACCUAUCCCCCACAACUCUCCCUAUCCCCCACCUCUCUCCUAUCCCCCACCUCUCUCCUAUCCCCCACCUCUCUCCUAUCCCCCAUCUCUCUCCUAUCCCCCACCUCUACCUAUCCCCCACCUCUCUCCUAUCCCCCACCUCUCUCCUUAACCCCCACCUCUACCUAUCCCACACCUCUCUCCCUAUCCCCCACCUCUCUCCUAUCCCCCACAUCUCUCCUAUCCCCCACCUCUCUCCUUAACCCCCACCUCUACCUAUCCCCCACCUCUCUCCUAUCCCCCACCUCUCUCCUUAACCCCCACCUCUACCUAUCCCCCACCUCUCUCCCUAUCCCCCACCUCUCUCCUUAUUCCCCACCUCUACCUAUCCCCCACCUCUCUCCCUAUCCC